GAGGAGCCUGGUUCCGAUUAGUGAACCUGUUCAGAUGAUGAUGAUGAUGAUGAUGAUGAUGAUGAUGAUGAUGAGGGGAACUGUAAUCAGUGGCAAAAAGUCCGGAUUCGGUCCAGACAGACGGAGCCGGAGCAGCAGAACUUUAGUCCUUCAUCAUGAGGGUCUUCCUCCUCUCCCUGCUGGUCCGGUUCGGAUGCGGCGCUGAGCUCCAGUUGGAGAUGUACGGCAGCCUGGAGUCUCCAAACUUCCCCGACCCGUAUCCCACAGACACCAAGCGGAACUGGACCCUCAGCGUUCCGGACGGAUUCCGGAUCACGUUGUUCUUCAGCCACUUUGACCUGGAGCCGUCCUACCUGUGCGAGUACGACUUCGUCAAGGUGGAGGCGGACGGAGAGGCGCUGGCUUUCUUCUGUGGGAGGGAGGAGACGGACACCGAGGCGGUACCGGCCCAGCGGGUCAUCACCUCCCCCAGAAACUCCCUCACCGUCCAGUUUGUGUCUGACUUCUCCAACGAGGAGCGAUUCUCCGGAUUCGUGGCUCAUUAUAGCGCAGUGGAUAUAGACGAGUGCAGCGAACGCGGUGAUGAGGAACCGCUCUGCGAUCAUUUCUGCCAUAAUUUCAUUGGGGGAUACUACUGCUCCUGUCGCUAUGGUUACCAGCUGCACACAGACAACCACACCUGCAGAGUGGACUGCAGCGGCGCCGUGUUCAGGGAACGCUCUGGCAUUCUGAGCAGUGUUAACUUUCCGGGUCCGUAUCCGAAGAGCUCUGACUGCUGGUACCGCAUCGAGCUGGAGGCUGGGUUCAGGGUCCAGAUGAACUUUGACCCCCGUUUUGACGUGGAGAGCCAUCCGGACAUCAGCUGCCCCUACGACCACCUGAAGAUCCAAGCAGGAAGCAGAGAGUUUGGCCCGUUCUGUGGCGAUCGGUCUCCAGGAAUCAUCCGGACCGACAGCAACAUCGUCUCCAUCCGGUUCCACAGCGACGACUCUGGAGAAAACCUCGGCUGGAGUCUGAGCUACACCGCCACCGGAAGUCAGUGUCCAGUACCUGAGGCUCUGCCCAACGCGGUGAUGGUUCCGAUCCAAUCAGAAUACUCCUUCAAGGACCAUGUGGUGUUCAGCUGUCAGCCGGGGUUCCUCCUGGUCCAGGACGGUGGGACGUCGGAUCGUCUCCAGCUGGAAUGCCAGGCUGACGGCUCGUGGAGCGGCCGUCCUCCUCGCUGUGACAUGGUGGAUUGUGGGAUUCCUAAGAAGGUUGAUGGAGCUGUUGUGAUGUUCGGUCGCCAUGACAACAGCACGCUGUUUGGAGCGACGGUUCGUUACGUCUGCGAGGAGGACGGCGUCCAGCUGAGCAACACUUCGUUCAGGUGCGGCCCAGCAGGAGAGUGGGUGGAUGCUGACGGAGGAACAGAACUUCCUGUCUGUCUGCCAGCCUGCGGCCUGCCUUCUCGGCCUCUCCCCCACCAGGUGAAGCGGAUUGUGGGCGGUCGGAGCGCUGAGCCCGGUUUCUUCCCCUGGCAGGUUCUGCUCAGUGUGGAGGACCUGUCCCGGGUCCCUGAGGACCGCUGGUUUGGCUCCGGGGCCCUGCUGUCUAAGUCCUGGAUCCUGACCGCCGCCCACGUCCUGCGGUCCCAGAGGAGAGACGCCACCGUCGUCCCGGUCGUCCCGCAUCACGUGAAGGUGUUCCUCGGCCUCCACAGCCUCAGAGACAAACAGACGUCCGCCGGCCGCUCUGUCGAUCAGAUCGUCCUCCAUCCAAACUUUCAGCCCGACAACUACAACAACGACAUCGCCCUGCUGAGGCUGAGCGAGGCGGCGGAGUUUAACUGGCUGGUCCGUCCCGUCUGUCUGCCACCGGCUCACCGACAGGACCGUCCGUCUUCCCUCCUCCCCAACUCUCUGGGUCUAGUUGCUGGUUGGGGGAUCUCCAACGCCUCCUCCACCCCGUCCCCGCUGACCUCUGACCUCUUGCAGUACGUGAAGCUGCCAGUGGUCCCUCAGGACGAAUGUCAGGCCAGCUACGCUUCCCGCUCUGUCCGCUACAACAUCACAGACAACAUGUUUUGUGCGGGUUUCUUCCAGGGUGGGCGAGACACCUGCCUGGGGGACAGCGGGGGGGCGUUCGUGAUGCAGGCGGGGCGGCGGUGGGCCGUGUUCGGCCUGGUGUCCUGGGCCGGGCCCGAGGACUGCGGCAGUCAGAGGGUGUACGGCGUCUACACCCGGGUGGAGAAAUACCUGGACUGGAUUCAGAGCCGUGUUCAGGCUGCCCCCUGGUGGUGAGGAAGAGACGCUGCGCCUGCCUGCAGAGACCUGCUGCUCUGCAACAUGCAGAAUCUGAUCAAUCAUUGGAUUUAUCAGGAAUUUUCAUGGAUUGCUGAAAGUUCACACUGUAAACUGAUGACUCUGUGUUUUCACCAUGUGAGCUGCAUAAUCUGCAUAAUCCGAUCAAUCAGCCUGCAUGUUUAAUUCAGAUUAGUAUCUAGAACUUUCUCCACUUCUUUCAGAAACUCCAGACUAUUAUUUUAAAAUUUAUAAGCGUUAUGCAAAAUAACAAAACCUUACCAAAUAUUUUUACUGUAGUUUCUUGUUCAAAUAUUUUAGUUCACUUGAAAUAAGACAAAAUAAACUUACAAAAAACUUUUCUGCAAGAAAUAGGAGCUUGGUUUUAGUCAGUAAUUCUUAAAUAUUGAUAAAAACUGUUAGUUCCUGUGGCAGAUUAUUUCAGUUAUAACAAGACAUUUUCCCCACAUUAUAAACUAUAUAAUCUCCUUGGGGAACUAAUUCUCACUGACUCACACAAGCUCUUAUAUCUGGCUAAAAAAUUACUUGCACGUUAGUUUUGUCUUAUUUUAAUCCUACUAUGUUACUUACUGUGUGCUGUUGGUUAGUAACAGGUGAAGUAGAAUGUAAACAUCACUUUAAUGGAAAACUUAUUCCAUCAGAAACAUUAAUCUGAUUCCAAGGGAAAGUAUAUUUAACUCUGUGAUAUUUUAGAUCAUAUUUAAGUUUACAUAUACUUUACUAGUUACAAUAAACAUCAUGUAUUUUAGUAGUUAAGGCAUUUUUCUAUAUAUUUAUAUUUAUUUCCAAUUAUUUGCCAUAUAUCUCAAAUGCAAAGAAUGGCAGGAGGAUUGCUUUUAUUGAUCACAACUGACAAAUGUUUUACUGGGUUUUUUCAGAAAAUAUCUGACAAAUAUUUAUCUUAAUAGGGCAAAUUUUCAAAACUCUUCUUAAGUUUUGGCUCUACAACAUCUCACACAUCUCUUUCCUACAAAAACGUCUGACUUCUUAAUUUCUUUAAUUAAACUAUUACAUUAUCAAGUUAAAAGAAAUCCAAACAUCACAAGUUUUUAUGAAAAAGUUCUUUUGACUUGGGGUCCAAACCCAGCUCAGGCCUUAGUCCUCAACGCGGCCGUCACAGGUUUGAUUCCCGGCCGGGCGACCUUUGCCACAUGUCUUCCCCCUUCUCUCAUUACCCUGUUUUCUGUCAAUUCACUACCAAAUAAAGGCCAGUAGAGCCA